GUCACCCUCUUCGACGUCUUCAGGCAGUCUGAGUCUUCAGUUCCGUCCUCAGUCAUGCAGUCUGUGGUUCUCGCCUGUCUGGCCGCCGUCGCCGCCGCCGCCCCGCAGUUCGGUAGCCAGCUCGACCGAAAAGACUACCGGCCCAUCGCCAUCAUUAAGGACAACCGCCAGGACUACGGUGACGGCAACUUCAACUAUGACUUUGAGACCGAGAACGGCAUCGUUGUGAGCGCCGUCGGAACACCGGGCUCUAAAGGCCAGAGCAAUAUACAAGGAUCGUACAGCUUCACCCUGCCUGACGGUACCUUCGCUGAGGUCCGCUACGUCGCUGACGAACUCGGUUACCGCGCUGAGUCCCCGCUCAUCCCAACGCCCCACCCACUCCCCGCCCACGCCCUCGAACAGAUCCGCAUCGCCGAGGAGCAGCGCAGGCAAGGCAUCACCUGGGACCAGUAUGGCUUUCGAGUAAACAGAAAAUAAGAAUAAUUUUUCGAGGCCGGAAACCCGCCAGAGCAACGACCCCAUCAAGAAGUUAGAUGAAGUAGAUGUAUUGAUGUAUUAUAUAGCUGUAUUGAUGUAUUAUAUAGCUGUAGAAUAAACGUAAUGGACUUGUCUCUCUCACUCAUCUUGCAGCCUUGUGUACGUCCGUCCAAAAAUAAACUAUC